GGUCCGCUAAUAAGUUACACACAGACUUUACCUAUUUUUCUCCAUUUCUUUGUCCAAUCAAAAAGACUUGAGAAAACCACAGAUUCCAUAUUCAAAAUUCAAAGUUCAAACCCAAACAAGAUUAAAGCAAAGGAUUGUCCACCCCACCACUACCACUUUCGCUUUGCUUUCAUAUGUUUUGUUUUCCCUUAGCUUUAUCUUGGCUAAUAUGGUCCCCUGAGAAAGCUUUGCCUUUUUCUUAUCUCUUACUCUUUAUACAGCGUGAGAAGAAAUGGAGAAUGAGAAUGAACCAAUGGAGAUUGAAGCUAGAGGAAUUCCAACGUACGGAGGUAGAUGCGUCCAGUAUAACAUUCUGGGUAACCUUUUCGAAGUACCUUCCAAGUAUGUCCCUCCUAUAAACCCUGUUGGUCGUGGUGCAUACGGAAUCGUUUGCUGUGCAACAAAUUCUGAGACGAAAGAACAGGUCGCUAUCAAAAAGAUUAGCAAUGCAUUUGACAACAGGAUCGAUGCAAAGAGGACACUCCGGGAGAUAAAGCUCCUUUGUCAUAUGGAUCAUGAUAAUAUUGUCAAAAUUAAGGACAUAAUUAGUCCACCAGAGAGGGAUAAGUUCAAUGAUGUCUACAUUGCUUAUGAACUCAUGGAUACUGACUUGCAUCAAAUAAUACGCUCCAGCCAGGCUUUGACAGAUGAUCAUUGUCAGUAUUUCCUAUAUCAAUUGUUGCGUGGAUUGAAGUAUGUACACUCAGCAAAUGUGUUGCAUCGGGAUCUGAAACCAAGUAACUUGCUUCUCAAUGCAAACUGUGACCUCAAGAUUUGUGACUUUGGUCUUGCAAGGACUACCUCAGAGACAGAUUUCAUGACGGAAUAUGUGGUAACCCGUUGGUACCGAGCACCUGAACUGCUGCUCAACUGUUCGGAAUACACUGCAGCUAUUGAUAUUUGGUCAGUUGGGUGCAUUUUGAUGGAAAUCAUUAGAAGGGAACCACUAUUUCCUGGUAAAGACUAUGUUCAGCAGUUGGCUCUCAUAACUGAGCUACUAGGUUCGCCAGAUGAUUCAGAUCUUGGGUUCCUGAGAAGUGACAAUGCUCGGAAGUAUGUGAAGCAGCUCCCACAUGUCCCCAAGCAAUCCUUUGCACAGAGGUUCCCAAAUGUGUCACCAGUGGCAAUUGAUCUUGCAGAAAAAAUGCUAGUGUUUGAUCCAAGCAAACGCAUUUCUGUUGAGGAUGCACUGAAUCACCCAUUCUUAUCAAGUCUUCAUGAGCUCAAUGAGGAGCCCACUUGUCCAUCCUCUUUUGUGUUUGAUUUUGAACAAAUAUCCUUGAAUGAAGAAGAUAUUAAGGAGAUGAUAUGGAGGGAGUCUCUAAACUUCAACCCAGAUAGAAUGCUGGAAUAAAUUCCCCCAUGGUGCUCGCUUUGUUUCCCGGGUUUGGUUCGGUUCAUGAUUGAAGGAUUGAUUUUGGCUUGAAAGAUUAGUAUAUAUAUAUAUAUAUAUAAUAUAAUUAUAUGCAUAUAUGAUAUAGGUAACCUAUGUAAUGAGGUGCUGUGGGGAGACAUAAUCUCCCAUAUAUCGAGAGGAUCAUGAAGAGUAGUAUUGGGAAGUUGCUGGAUUCAUUCUUUUGAGAGUUGGUUUGCAUAAAAAGAAGGCUCGAAUUGUUGCUCCUGGUUAGUCUUCGUUUCUGGCAGUGUUCGCCGUACUGUAAAAACCCUGUACUUUCUAUACAGAAAAAAGAAAAAAAACUGUAGUGUAGAAUUUUUAAGAACAGGGAAGUAAUGUAUUGAUUGGGUUUAAAACUAGCGUUUGAAUGCCUCUUAGACCAUUACAGUUACUUUUGGCCAUUUA